AUGGCGCACAUAGUAUCGCAUUCAACGUUUGAAGACGGCGGACAGAUGAAGGACGCAUGUAGACGAUUGUACAAUACAACUGGACCACAGAAAUCGACUACAGUACAGCAUAAAAAAGAAAUGGCUGCUGCUAAUUUAUUAGCUACACUGACUGCUCCAUCGGAGAUCAACAGUCUAAGUUUCUCACCCGUACGUAACUUAUUAGCUAUUGCUUAUGGGAAUAAAACAGUUGGCAUUUACGAUGUCAAUGGCAAGGAGAUCGGAGAAAAUCCCAUCUCUCCCUUAAUUGGCCAUACCUAUGCGGUCAAUACAUGUUGUUUUUCAUCCUUUGGUACCAUGUUAGCGUCGGGCGCUACAGAUUAUGCCGUCUGUUUAUGGGAUAUUAAAUCGGGUGGUAAUAUCGCUUCAUUUGAAAAUCAUACCAAUGCCAUACGUAAAGUGGUCUUUUCACCCAAUUCCUCCUUGUUAGCAUCAGCAUCAGGCGAUCAAACCAUCAAAGUUUGGGAAAUGUCACGAAGAAAAUUACUACGAUCAUUACAAGGCCAUGAUACAACCGUUAAUACGUGUUGUUUUACACCGGAUAGUAAUUAUAUUGUAUCAGGUGCAUUUGAUGGCCAUAUUAAAUUAUGGCAAGCCUCCUCUGGCCGUUGUUUACAGACUGAGUUUGAUUGCCACGAUUUAGGCGUUAAUGAUUGCCAGUUCUCUCCUACUUUUGGAUCAGCAUCUGAAGCUUAUCAAGAAAACCUCAAGACAAUAAAUGGAACCAUUCACUAUCUUCUAGCGACUUGCGGUUCUGACAUGUUUGUAAAACUAUGGGAUGUUUAUAUAGACCGGCAAGCUGAUACUUAUAAUAUCACUAAAAGGGGCGACUUAUCCGGUCAUCAGUCAACAGUCUGGUGCGCCAUAUUUUCUCCAAAUGGUAAAUUAUUGGCAUCAGGAUCCGGAGAUAGAUCGGUCAUUAUUUGGAAUCCGCUCCAUGGUGAAGCUCUACAGAAAUUAACCGCACAUACUAGUUUUGUUACCUCCUGUGCAUUCUCUAUGGAUAAUUCUAUCCUUGUAACUGGUUCGAACGAUCGAACCCUCAAAAUUUGGCAGAUAAAUAUACAUCAAGAAUCAAAUUCUAUACGAAGUCAACAAGCAAAUGAUGGAAAGUCGAAAGCAAUCGCCUCGUUACAAGCCAUGACCCUUGACGACACUUGCAAUUGGCUAAAAACAAUCGGAAUGGAAAGAUAUGAAAAACAAUUCCGCCAUCAUCAAAUCAGUGGGUCUAUUUUACCAACACUAACAUCAAUUUCCCUUAUGCGCGAUCUCAGUAUUGAACCUCUCGGACAUCGUAAUCAAAUUCUAAGAGCAAUUCAAGAAUUAAAGGAUCGCUUAGAUAAUUCAAUUCCUGAUGAAUUCCUUUGCCCUAUUUCCAGAGAAGUGAUGACAGAUCCUGUGGUUGCAUCAGACGGUUACUCGUAUCAGAGGCAAGCUAUCGAAUCUUGGCUGAAUGGAGGUAAUCGUUUAACAAGCCCAAUGACUAAUGCUCCACUGAAUGCAUCUCUUUUAAUUCCUAACAAAACUCUAAAAUCUCUUAUUCAAAAAUAUCUUGACGGUGAUAGAAGUUAA